UCGUGUGAAGCGUAUCCGACUGCUCCCAUAAGCCCUAUAUAUUACUAGAGCAGCAAGCUUUACCUUCAAUGAAAGCAGAGAAGAGGAGCGAUUGGCUACGAACAUCAUCGCUGACAGACAAAACCAAGGAUCAAGCCUGACCUGCAGGACUACAACAGUAUACACUCACACGGAACAUUUAUCCCCUACAAGGAGUGAUAUUUGGUGCACCAAAGUCGGUUUUGGGAACCUGCAUUUUGGACCACCAAACUGACCUCUUGUUUGAUUUCUCUCUGCUAAAAUUUUGGAGAGUCACUGCGUCCAUGUGAUGAUAUUCCUCUCGAGAGACAAGAAUUUGGAAACGCUGUUAGCGCAGAAAACAUAGGCUUACUAAUACACCUAGAUCAACUUUACCAGUCCUUUACCUCCAGAAUGGAUCGCUGUCAACGACUGUUUAUCCUUAUGUUGGGAUGGGGUUAUCUGUGCGGUGGAUACGGCGCUGUGCUCAAAACACCCUUCGUGGCUUUCUCAAAAGAUAUGGAGUUUGGGCAAAAGGUGGGAGCACAAGAAAAGCAGCAUGUGGGUAAAACAGAGCAGGACACACUGUCAGAGCACAUGCAGAUGCUCUACGCCAAAUACAACAGCGCGGGAUUCCCUCUCAAAGAUGGAAACACUGUGCGCAGCUUUAAAGGACAUUUGGGAAAAGUCAACAGUAAGCAGCUACAAAUCUUCAACCUCACUUCCCUCACCAAGUCAGAGGAUGUUCUCUCAGCGACCCUGCACUACUACAUUGGUGACAUGCUGAACAGCAGCAACAGAUGCACAAGGUCUGGUUCACAAGGUUGUGCUCACCAUAACCCCAGAAGACAAGGGCACAUCCAAUUUGAAAUCUGGAGUUUCAGCUUUGUGGAUAACACCACCAGAACAAUAGGCAAUUUCUCCAUUAAUAUUUCCACAAUGCACCGUGACUUCAUAUCAUGGCAGUGGAAAGACAUUACUCGUGUGGUCAACCAAGCCAAGCAUCAUGACCAGCUUCUUAUAGGCAUUGACAUUGAAGGACGCCAACCUUGGAAGAAGCUCUUGUCAGAUAGAUCUCCUUAUAUUCUGGUCUACGCCAAUGACUCUGCUAUCUCAGAACCUGAGAGUGUUGUGUCCACUCUGCAGAGACACAAAAGUAGACUCGUGCCUGAUCUUCAUUUGCUUGAAAUGCAUAAUCAAAGUACCACCACGCAACAUCGUACCAGGCGGUCAGCCAACAUCCUACUGCCACUACAGAACAAUGAGCUUCCAGGACCUGAGUACCCUCAUGAGAUACCUACUUGGGAUGAGACCAGCCCUUAUGAUCCAAUGGAAAGCAAGCCAGUCAAGCGCCCUCGUAAGAAGCCUCGCAAGAACCCAAGGCAUAAAAAUCCACUGCUGCAGUUUGAUGAGCAGACCAUAAAGAAAGCACGUAAGAAGCAAUGGAACGAGCCCAAAAACUGCGCUCGCAGAUAUUUAAAGGUCGAUUUUGCUGAUAUUGGCUGGAGUGAGUGGAUUAUCUCCCCCAAGUCUUUUGAUGCAUACUACUGCUCAGGGUCUUGUCAGUUCCCCAUGCCAAAGUCUUUAAAACCUUCAAACCAUGCCACCAUUCAGAGCAUUGUCCGGGCAGUCGGUGUGGUCCCUGGCAUCCCAGAGCCCUGCUGUGUACCGGAGAAGAUGUCUUCCCUCAGUAUCCUCUUCUUUGAUGAAGACAAGAAUGUGGUCCUCAAGGUCUACCCCAAUAUGACAGUGGACUCCUGCGCCUGCCGGUAAAAUGUUUUGGUCUUUUCCACCAGCCAUCCACCCUUAAUUCCAAUUUUGCACUGGAAGAAAAGACUACAUCCCAGUAGCUGACUGAAUAUAUUAAUUUCAUAACCUUUGAAGAACUAUCUAUUGCUUUAAGGACUGUGAAGACCGAAGUUCUUUCCCAGAAGGAAUUCAUAAGUUUUAGCAUGAGUUUUUUUAACAGGCUGUCUCAAACAAGCGGCUUCUUCACCAGGAUGUUCUCACACAUGAUAACCUCAAGCUUAAUCAGCGAUUAAGCACACAGGGGACGAGUAUUAGCUGUCAUUCAUCAUGAAUCUGAUUCUGUACAGUUUGUAUAGUCUGACAUUAUUAUAGCUAUAUUUUUGCUACAGGGGCAUUGAUUGAUGUCCAUAUUCAAUGGCUGCUAUAAAGAGGUAUACUUCACUUCAGAGCCCAGGUGUGGUGAAAAGUGGACUUUUGGAAAGAAAGAAAAGGAAUCUUUUUUUGUUACAGUUGUCAAAAUGUAUAAUUAUAUUGAAGUUAUUACAUAAGUUAAUUACAAUACAUAUUCUGUUUUCCACAUUAUGCUUAAAACAGUGUUUAAAAUGUUUUGAAUGUCUCCCACCUUCAUAAAAAAGAAAAAAAAUAUUUUCUCAAUAAAACAAAUUACAGAUUGAAAGUCUACAUCUCAUAAUGUUACAUCACAUUUUAUAAAUGUUAUUUCUUUUUAUCAGGCUUUUUUUUUUUUACAGAUAACUUGCAUUUGUAAAUAUAUGUUUCCAUCUGACCUAUUAAUAUAAUAUUGUUUCAUGCGGUAACAUUUUCAUGCCAUUCAUCCACAAUAAAUUACAAACUGCAACUAACCACUAUUUCAGGCAGGUUUAGGUGUUAUAGUUAUCCAGCAGUUUAAGCAAAUAAUAAGCAAAAUCUAAAAAUAAAUUCAGGGAUAGGAUUUGCAAGUAUUGUUUGAGAUAUUUUGGAAUGUUUUUAUGUUUUUUUACUGUCAAGGUCUUUCUCACUAAAUAAUAAUCAAAAACCAAAAUGCAAAAAUCAUGAAACAAAUACUUGUAUUUAGCCAUUAUCUCUUUAAACAACAAUACCUUUAUAAAAAGCCUUACCACAUUAAAAACAUUGUUUGAUAAUAAUGGAUUUCCAUAAACAAGGUACAUUUAUUAAAUGAGAUGAAUGAACAUUCUAAUAUUUACAUUUCACAAAGAUGAGUGUUACAUAUGAUGUCGUUUGGAAUGGUAUAGCAGUGCCAUUUCAUCUGUUUUGGCAGAACAUUUUUACUGAAUUGAUUUAUUUAGAUAUAAAUGUGAUAUUUUGUUUUAAUAACUAUGUUUUGUGUCUACAUUGUGUACUGUUUUUACUUCUACUUUUAAUUUAGCAUAGAGCUAAAGAAAUUACAUCAUAAAGCUGCAUGUUCAUAAAUGGGGUGUCUUGUUUUCUUGUUGUUCAUAAUGUAUAUUCAACCUAUGAACAAUAGAGAAGUGUAUACAUAUAUUUAAAAGUGGGUUAUUAUCUUAAUAUAUAACACAUAGAUUCCAAAAAAGACAAAUAGUAUGUAAAGCACUCCUUUAGCAUUUGUGUAAUAUAUAUAUUUUUUGGAAGGCUUCCAUCACACUAUGUGUUUUGUAAAUGUUAUGCUGUAGGCGAAAGGAUGUGCUUGUAUGAUAAGCUUCAUAAGAAAUUAUAUUUGUAUAUGGAAAUGACCUUUAAAAGCAUUUAUUUAUUUUCUCAAUGAUGCAUUCUGUAUCUUGUUAUAUUGUGAAGCAAGGGGUCCGUCAUUAAAUAUUGAUUCAUAGCUUUGCUGAGGAAAGGUUAGACAGGGGUUAAAAAGGAAGACUUGAGUCAAAUGAUUGAGAAUGCUUAUUUUUGUACCAGAUCUCCCUUUUGACAGACCAUUCAAAGAAAA